CCGGCAGACAGCUGCUGCUGCUGGCUUCCAGCAGUGUGCACACAGGAAAAGGUGUGGUUUGAGAUCCUGGGUGCUCGUCACAAGACGAGGAACUCCAACAGACCGAUCCUUUCAACAACAAGAGAGGCCUCCUCCUCUCAUAUCCUGAGCUCAGUUGAAUCGGACCGGGCUUCCUGGCCGGGCCUGGCCGGACCCCGCCGGCUGAGCUGAGGUGUGCAGACUGCAGAGUCAUGUCUGCAGGACAGAAAGUGCAGCACUGGCUCACGCUGCUGUCUGGACUGGUGGAGGCUUUGUUCUUCACGGGGAUUUCCUUCGGCUGGGCCUCUCUGGUGUUUGUGCUCAAAACUGAAGGAUACUUUGCAGGGCACUGUGUGAACAGCACAGCUGAGGCAACAGAGGAGCUCAGCAUACACACAGACUGUAUUGAUCAGGAUGAGCACUUGUCUCAGGUCAUGUCUGUUGCUUGUAUCUGCAACACAGUAACUCGCUUCCCGAUCGGUUACUUCUUCGAUCGCUGUGGAACGACUGUGAUGAGACUUAUAGCAAUAUCCUUAUACCUCACCGGCACACUGUUGAUCACACUGUCCAGCGUCGAAACCUCUGUGCUGCUGUACCCCGCUCUGUCCUGUUUAAUCAUCUCUGGAUCAAUCCUCUACAUCACCAACGUUCAGGUCGGCAACCUUUUUGAUUCCUUCCGGUCCACAAUAAUCACAAUCUACAAUGGCGCGUUUGACUCCUCAGCCCUGGUCUUUCUCAUCGUGAAGCUGCUGCAUGAAAGAGGGGUGCCUCUUCAUUCUUUGUUUUUAUCCCUUGCUUUUAACGGCGUAUUCCUCGUCCUUCGCACCUUCCUGCUGAUGCCCAGAGGGCACAUCCCCUACCCACUGCCAGAAAAAUACACUUACGGGGUAAAGUGCUCCGGCUGCAAUCGGGGGACAGAAGGAGGGAAGAAUGAAAAGAAGGACGAAGAACAGGAAGAUGAGCGGAAACAUAAAAAGGAGGGAAAUGAAGAGGCGGGAAUAUCUUCUCUACAUUUACUGCAAAAUCCAACAAACAAACCCAAGGGACAAGAAGCUGCUUUCCAGAGCUGCGUUCUGUCCUGGCUCUUCCUGUGGCACCUGGUCUGGGUGGUCAUCAUCAUCUUCUGUCACUACAUCUUCUUCUCCACCCUCAACCCCACACUCACCCGGUUGGCUGAUAAUGACAAAACACUUGUGAGUCACUACACCAAUGCGUUCGCCUUCACACAGCUGUGUUCGCUGCUGUUUGCCCCCAUAAACGGCCUCAUCAUGGACAGACACAAGCACAGGACUCUGGCUCCGGGAGAGAGCAAACGGGAAGCGGACCUGCGCUUGUCCUGCCUGGCGCUCUUCCUGACCUCCCUGCAGUGUUUCCUGUUCUGCGUGUGCUUCACCUGUCCCGUCCUGCCUCUGCAGUACCUCACCUUCAUCCUGCAGGUGGUCUGCAGCGGCUUCUUCUACGGAGGCCACCAGGCCUUCGUCAGCAUCGCCUUCCCCAUGCCUCACUUUGGGAAGAUCUCAGGAGUAGCCAUGUCAGUGUCGGCCGUGGCUCUGUUUCUUCAGUUUCCCAUCCUGCAUUUCAUCCAGCAGCAGCUCCAUGGAGACUCCCUCUACGUGAAGGUGGGCGUCACUCUGGUGUCCCUGCUCACCUUCAUUCACCCGCUGCACGUCUACCUCCACAGCAGGAAACUGACCUCUCAGAGAAAGACUGAACAGGAAGUGCAGGAACAGAAUCUGACCAGCAGUCACACCGACUGCACAUGUUGACAGAGGGAUUCAUCCUAAUCUGAAUUUUGGAGUUUUAUUAGACCGUGCAUUUUUGUAGACUGGUUAUAAAGUGUAUCUAUCGAGUAAAUAUUGUCAAAAUGUUCUGGAACUGUUGUGAAAGUGGCGAAUGGACUCCAGGUUAACGGAGUGAGCAGUUGGGAGGAGGGAGGGAGAGACUAAGACCCCGUUUACACGUCGACGUUUCAAGUGAAGAUACAUCGUUUUUGAGUUUUCAUUUCAGAAAAGUUUCACUUUUAGGCUGCAGCAUCUUGAAAACAACGUCCAUUUCAACAGAAAUAACCAAAACACUGAAAAUGAUGCACUUUCAUGUUUGGCCACUAGUGGGUGCUGUUGACUGUUUUUAUAAAGAAACAACAGAGAGCAACACUUUAAACAUGAACAGCAGGAGAACACAGACAUCCCUAUGGACAGACCACCAAGUCGGAUUGUUAUUACAGUGACUGCAAGAUUCUGAAAAAUUCAUUUUCACAUUGGCCCAUAUUAUUAUGUCAACAGACACCUAAAAUACAAAGAAAGUCUUGCGUUCUCAGAGAAAGCAUUGUCGUCUUCUCUUGUCUGCAGCCUAAAGCUUCUUCCAAGUAUCGACUGCACUUUGUGGAUCUUAGUAAAGAAGUUCAAAGAUCUGAAAACAAAACUCCUGUUUGUCAUUAUUAUACUUCUAACCUCCGACUUGAUUGCAGAGGACUGUUAAAAACUGAAAGACUGUUCUUCUAUGACCCAUAAUUACCAUGACUUCCCAGGUGGGGCAGGAC